GGGUUUAUAAGAAGAAAUAGGAACCUUUUCUCAAGCUGAAGACAAAGUGAAAGAAAACUGUAUCAUGUGUUAGAAAACUGAAGAGUGAAAUUUCUUGGAUUAGUAUAUUUCUGGAUUGCAAAGCAAAAGAAAGAAGAGGCUGAAAAUGGGGAGAAAGAAAAUACAGAUCACAAGAAUAAUGGAUGAACGGAACAGGCAGGUCACCUUUACAAAGAGGAAGUUUGGAUUAAUGAAGAAGGCAUAUGAGUUGAGUGUACUCUGUGACUGUGAAAUAGCACUCAUCAUUUUUAACAGCUCUAACAAACUCUUUCAGUAUGCCAGCACUGAUAUGGACAAAGUUCUACUUAAAUACACAGAAUACAACGAGCCCCAUGAAAGCAGAACCAACUCAGAUAUUGUUGAGACCUUAAGAAAGAAAGGCCUUAAUGGUUGUGAGAGCCCUGAUGCUGACGAUUACUUUGAGCACAGUCCACUAUCGGAGGACAGAUUCAGCAAACUAAAUGAAGAUAGUGAUUUUAUUUUCAAGCGAGGCCCUCCUGGCUUGCCUGCUCAGAACUUCUCGAUGUCGGUUACAGUUCCAGUGUCCAAUCCCAACACUUUAACCUACAGUAACCCAGGGAGUUCCCUUGUGUCCCCAUCACUGGCAGCCAGUUCAUCGUUAACGGACACGACCAUGCUCUCCCCACCUCAGACCACCCUGCAUCGGAACGUAUCACCUGGGGCCCCUCAGAGACCACCGAGUACUGGCAACGCAGGUGGAAUGCUGGGGACAACUGACCUCACGGUGCCAAAUGGAGCUGGUACCAGUCCAGUUGGAAAUGGGUUUGUGAAUUCUCGAGCUUCACCAAGUCUGCUCGGCACUACUGCUGGUGGGAAUGGCUUAGGCAAAGUCAUGCCUACAAAGUCUCCACCUCCACCUGGAGGAGGUAAUCUUGGCAUGAACAAUCGCAAACCCGACCUCCGUGUUGUCAUCCCGCCCUCCAGCAAGGGUAUGAUGCCACCAUUGUCGGAGGAGGAUGAAUUGGAGUUGAAUACCCAAAGGAUAAGUAGUUCUCAGACUACACAGCCUCUUGCUACCCCUGUGGUGUCUGUGACAACUCCGAGCUUGCCUCCGCAGGGAUUGGUGUAUUCAGCCAUGCCUACUGCCUACAACACUGAUUACUCCUUGACCAGUGCGGACCUGUCUGCCUUGCAGGGCUUUAACUCCCCGGGAAUGCUGUCUUUGGGGCAGGUCUCUGCCUGGCAGCAGCACCAUCUGGGCCCAGCAGCCCUCAGCUCUCUCGUUACUGGCAGCCAGCUAUCUCAGGGUUCAAAUUUAUCCAUUAACACCAACCAAAACAUCAACAUAAAAUCUGAACCAAUUUCACCUCCCCGGGACCGCGUAACUCCCUCGGGGUUCCCGCAACAGCAGCCACAAGCGCAGCCGGAGCAGCAGCAGCAGCAGCAGCAGCAGCAGUCGCGGCAGGAAUUGGGCCGCUCUCCUGUCGACAGCCUCAGCAGCUCCAGCAGCUCCUACGACGGCAGCGACCGGGAAGACCCGAGAAGCGACUUCCAUUCACCUGUCGUGCUGGGAAGGCCACCGAAUUCCGAAGACAGAGAGAGUCCAUCGGUAAAACGAAUGAGGAUGGACACGUGGGUGACAUAAACUCGCAGUGUUGCCUCUCCAGUUUUGUGUUCUCAAAAUGAACUGUCCUGACAUAUCUAAAUUUAUAAAUAAGGACAUGAAAUAAGUAUAUUUAUAUGUAUAUACAUACAUGCAUAUAUAUAUCUUCACAUGCAUAUAUAUGUGCUAGUGUGUGUAGCAUACACAGAAUCAUCAGGCACUUAUGACAAACUUCUUGUAUAGCUGCAGAUGUCCCAUGGUAAAACGUAACAGAACAAUCCUGUAGGUAUUGAUCUAGCCUGGCAUUUACCUGGACUUGUCGUUUUAAUAAUAUAACCUGUUUUGCAAGGAAACAUUGUACCCGCGUUAUAAUCCUACCACACUAGAUUGCAGAAACCGAGAGGGCUCGCCUGUAGUAACGUCCCUGUGUGUUUUAUUCAAGCUGUAUGGUUACUCGUAGUUAAGAAAUAAUGCUUUGUAGCAGCAGAGCAGUAGAAAAGCAGGAAGAAGAGAAAGCAAUACUGUACAUAAAAUGACCUUUAUAUUACCCAACCUGGCAUGGGUCUCUAUUGCAGAGGGUGCAUGGAGAAGGGCUGAUGCUAUAAGAAAUAAAUAAAUAAAAAAAACCAACAAAAACCCUGUUUUGCACGUGCAAAAAAAAA